AAUUUCUUUAACUUCGCAAUCGGCCCGACCUCCACUCUUCUCUCCGUUUCACGGCAUGGAUUGAUUUUGAACUUGUUCACGAUCUCUGCCUUCCAAUCACUUUCUCUCUCUAGGCGUCUCUGUUUUGUCUAUUUACCGGUUUCUCCCUAGGGUUUCGAAUCCAACUGUUCUCCCUGUAAUAGAGGGAGUAGGGUUUUGGCGACAUCCACGCCGUAGAAGUCCAACCUUGGUGGUUCAUCUGAUCGUCAAAAGCGGUCUACUCUUUGAUACAUGAAUUGAACGAGUUUGCUUUGGCGAGCGCUAUAAAAAAAAGCACUAUGGGCUAUUGAGAAUUUUUCUGGGCUAGCAAAUGUUGAAUGCUUGUUGCAAUGGACUUAAAUGCCUCGCCGCUACCUGAAGAAGAUGAAGAGACUUUUGAACGGCAUAUAGAAGAAUACACUGCACCAGAAGAACAUGUAGAGUCUGCAGUUGAAAUUUCGCGCCGGGAGCGCGAAGAAAGACGUAGGCGGCUGAAAAGAGAACGCCCAGAUGACAGAUCGGUGAAUGGGCCUUCUGUGCAUGAUCGACCGUUUCAAACAAGAAAUCAUAGACCACAUGAUAGAAAUAAGCUCCCCCCUGGUUGGUUGGAUUGCCCUGCAUUUGGUCAGGAAAUCAAUUUCAUUAUUCCUUCUAAGGUGCCUCUCGGUGAAUCCUUCAAUGACCUUGUCGCUCCUGGUAAAAGAUACUCUUCUAGACAAGUGAUUCAUCAACAGAGAGUUCUAGGAAGAAAACUUGGUUUAGUAAUCGAUCUGACCAACACCACUCGUUACUAUCCAUCAUCAGAUUGGGAGAGAGAAGGUAUUAAGCAUAUCAAGAUCGCAUGCAAGGGGCGGGAUUCUGUACCUGAUAAUGCAGCUGUAAACUCCUUUGUUUAUGAAGUCUCUCAAUUUCUUUCUCGUCAGAAACAAACAAAGAAGUAUAUUCUGGUACAUUGUACCCAUGGUCAUAAUCGCACAGGUUAUAUGAUCGUUCAUUAUCUUAUGCGGUCACAGUCAAUGUCUGUCACUCAGGCAAUAAAAAUUUUUGCUGAUGCACGUCCUCCAGGAAUCUACAAACAUGAUUAUAUUGAUGGACUGUAUGCAUUUUAUCAUGAAAGAAAGCCUGAAUUGGUCAUUUGUCCUCCAACUCCUGAGUGGAAGAGAUCUUCAGAUCUUGAUCUCAAUGGUGAAGCGAUGCCUGAUGAUGAUGAUGAUGGAGUCUCAGUGGCUCCUGGGCAUGAAAAGCAUGAGGUAGAUGUAGUAAUGACAAAUGACGACAAAAUAGGAGAUGACAUACCUCCUGAGCAGCAGAAGGCACUGCAGCAGUUCUGUUAUCAAUCACUUAAGUUGCCUGUAGGGGGGCAUAGAGGACCCUCGCAAUUCCCCGGGUCACACCCAGUUUCACUUAACAGGGAUAAUCUACAACUGUUAAGACAACGCUAUUAUUAUGCCACAUGGAAAGCUGAUGGAACUCGAUAUAUGAUGCUAAUAACUGUGGAUGGGUGCUAUUUAAUUGAUAGGACUUUUACAUUUCGGAGGGUCCAGAUGAGGUUUCCCUGCAAAAUUACAAAUGAUGGUUUUGUCGAAAAGACUCAUCAUUUUACAUUGCUUGAUGGGGAGAUGAUAAUCGAUACCAUGCCAGAUUCACAGAAGCAGGAGAGGAGAUACCUCAUCUAUGAUCUGAUGGCAAUUAACCAAGUGUCAGUCAUAGAGCGGCCCUUCUAUGAAAGGUGGAAGAUGCUAGAAAAAGAAGUGAUCGAGCCUCGGAAUUAUGAACGCCAGAAUGUUUACCAAAGUAGGAAUCCUUAUUACAGAUAUGACUUGGAACCAUUCAGGGUGAGAAGGAAGGAUUUUUGGUUGCUGUCUACUGUUACCAAGCUUCUAAAGGAAUUCAUUCCAAGACUUUCACAUGAUGCAGAUGGUCUUAUUUUUCAGGGUUGGGAUGAUCCUUAUAUUCCCCGUACACAUGAAGGCCUCUUAAAGUGGAAAUACGCUAACAUGAACUCAGUCGACUUUCUAUUUAAGAUGAGUGCUGAUAAUCAUCCACAGCUUUUUCUGAAUGAACGAGGGAAAGAGAAACUGAUGGAAGGGAACCGGGUUUCAUUUAAAGAUGGUUUAGAUCCCUCUUCAUAUCAUGGAAAAAUUAUUGAGUGUUCUUGGGAUUUUGAUGCAAAAGAAUGGAGCUUUAUGCGGGUCAGAAUUGAUAAAUCAACCCCAAAUGAGUUUGGAACAUACAUGAAGGUGAUGCGAAGCAUAAGGGACAAUAUUACAGAGGAAGUGCUGUUAACUGAGAUUCGCGAAAUAGUUCGCUUGCCUAUGUAUGCUGAUAGGAUAUGGAAUGAUAGCAAAGCCCACCAGCAUACAAAUGCAGCACGACGUAGGUGAAUGGAGAGUGACAAUUGCCCGAAAAUCUACAGAAUCAGCAGUGGAUACAGGCAACAGGACAGCCCCAGAUGUGUGCCCUUGCUUUCUGACUGCCCAAGUUACUAGGUGUUUUAAGUGGCAUCAUGAUUGGUAUGUGUAUUUGGCGGAUCAACAAAAGGGUCACUGAGAAUAUUGUGUAGUUAGCUACCCCUUGGUCACUGUCUUGUAGCUUGAGCUAGACUGGUGAAUUAUAUGAUCCAGUUUGCUCGCUUAAAAGUUGUUCUCCUCAUUGGGACUCAAAUUCUUUCUUUUGAUAGUUUUCCAGAUUUUAAGAAUAGUACUAGGAUCACCAUGUAUAUUAAUAUAGACAUUAUUAUUAUUUUUCACUUACCUAGUGAUUCUGAGUUGUCUCGAAGAAGUGUCAUCAUUUUUGCACCUGAAGCUCAAGUUUCAUAUUGUGAUU